AUGGAUUGCGAGAGUUUCUUGAACUGCCUUACAGGCCAUACUUCCACACCUCAACAAGGACUCCUUGUGAACGAGAAGCCAUCCGGCAUCAUAACCAAUCAGCCACUUAGAUCAGACGAAGAUGCCGCCUCUGAAUUCAUCGACAUCCUCCGCACGGCUGAGAAGAGCGGCAAAGACCUGCAGCGCCGGCUCAAGAACAUCGUGACAACCACCUCCUGGACUGAGAGUCUCGCCGAGCUCAUCCUUAACGGAGUCGAAACCCUCGUUAGAAACGGCGAAACGAUUGGCCAGAUUGUGAAGGACGCCAUAGAUAAAGCGUAUGAGCUUGCUCACGAACUCUUCGAGUUUGCGAGAGAACACCCUGUUCUCGUCACCAUUGUUGCCAUCGGCGUCUUGGCUAUCAUUUCCCCAUGGGUUCUCGAGGUCCUUGGCUUUGGCGAAUUUGGACCUAUUGCCGGUAGCUUCGCCGCGCGAUGGCAGUCCCUUUAUGCCGGGUUCGUCCCGAAGGGUUCUCUGUUUUCCUUUCUUCAGGAACUUGGAAUGACAUGGACAUGA